GGAAAGAAGCCUGCACCAGGGUCCCAGCCCACGAGAGGCAGAGGCAUGACACACCCCACCCCUGGCCGUGUCUGAGGUAGGCAAGUUGCCCCCACAACUCUGCAGUGACCCUGAGUUCCUUGGGACCAACCCCCCACAGCCUACUCACCUCUGCCCUCCCUGCCUGGGUGCACAACAUGCACAGCAGUACAGAGACUUCCCAUCCUUCCAGUUCCCUAACACAGAUGGACAGAAAGACCAAGGCAGGUCCAAGACAGCCCAUCACUCUGCACCCCCUUUCAUACACCUCCCGGAUCCUUCCCACAACAGAGGGUCGGUGCAAACCUAAGCCUGUCAGAGGCUGACACACACGAUGGCCUCAGGUAACUCUCUCUGGACAGAGGAGACAAGGAGGUCCCAGGGAGGGUGACAGAUUUCACAAAGAGUUGGGUUUGUCUGCUAGGUAUGUGCCCAGGACCACCCUAGCACAGAUCGGAGUGUGCAAUGCAGUGUUGCCCCACACACGUGCACUCACAUGUGCACACACUCCCAUGCACACUGGCACACAUGCACACACACACCCAUGCACACCGGUCCAUAUGCACUCUCUCGUGCACACACUCCUAUGCACACCAGCACAAAUGCACUAACACCUCGUGUGUGCACACAUGCACUUACAUGUGCACACUCACACACAGUUGAAUGCAGUGCACUCACGUGUGUAUACACAUUUGUGCACACAGACACACACAAUGCUCACAUUAUCUAGGGUAGCCACCUUGGUGAGCACACACCUGCACGUGUGCAUAACAUCACUCUGGCCCUUCUGCCCCAGGUUGCGCCCUCCUGUGUGGGAUCCCACCUCCAGCAGGGCCUGAGUGAGGAGCAGGGGGCAUGAAGGCUUUGCAGACCUGGCUGCUGUGCCUGCUGCUGCUGUGCCUGGCUCUGAAAGGGGCUGCCGGCCAAGCCCACCAGCAUUCCAUGGAGAUCCGCACCCCGGACAUCGAUCCCGCCUGGUACACAGGCCGCAGAAUCAGGCCCGUGGGACGCUUCGGCCGGAGGAGAGCAGCCCUGAGGGACGUGGCGAAGCCCAGCCUCUGGCGACAGCCCGCCUGCUUCCCCCUGCAAGGAGGUGCCGAGCCCGCCCAGGAUGGGUGACAGCUCAGCCCACAGAGGAAUAAUUGUGGAGCUGUCCUCCCGCAUUCCCCGUUCCACAGGCUACUUGCCCUCCAGUCCUAAUAAAAGCAGCUGGCCUUGCUUAGACGUGUCUUUGUGGUGGCCACGUGGGAGCUGUUUGUCCUCCUGGCACGUUUGCUUGAAAGGACACUCAGAGCCUAGCAGCCCAGAGGUGCCAUGACUUGCCCGAAGGCACCCCACACUGAGUAGGGGACCUGGGGCCUUUUGGGGUCACCUGCAACCUAUUGCAUGUGCACCCUCCACCUGGGCCACUCUGAGUGGCUGCCCAG